CAUUUUAAUGGCUGACAAAUGAAAGAGAAAGAAAGGAAUCAAUCAUGAACGGAGUUGAUCGAAAGCGCCGUCGUAUAGCGAUGACUCUGACGGCGGUUCUAAUCCUGGGAAUUUUAGAACUCGGCGAAGGAGAGCUGAAAGGAGAUUAUUCAAAGAUAUCGGGGAUAAUAAUCCCAGGAUUCGCUUCAACUCAGCUGAGAGCUUGGUCCAUUCUCGACUGCCCUUACUCUCCCCUCGAUUUCAAUCCUCUCGACCUGGUUUGGCUCGACACUACAAAACUCCUCUCAGCUGUAAAUUGUUGGCUUAAGUGUAUGAUACUUGAUCCUUACAACCAAACUGAUCACCCAGAAUGCAAGUCACGCCCUGAUAGUGGUCUUUCUGCUAUUACAGAACUUGAUCCAGGUUACAUUACAGGCCCUCUUUCUUCAGUGUGGAAAGAAUGGGUUAAGUGGUGCAUUGAAUUUGGUAUUGAGGCUAAUGCAAUCAUAGCUGUCCCAUAUGAUUGGAGAUUGUCUCCAUCAAUGCUUGAGGAGCGUGACCUUUAUUUUCACAAGUUAAAGCUGACGUUUGAAACUGCUUAUAAACUUCGUGGGGGGCCAUCAAUUGUGUUUGCCCAUUCAUUGGGUAAUAAUGUCUUCCGCUACUUUUUGGAGUGGUUAAAGCUAGAAAUUGCACCAAAACAGUACAUCCAAUGGUUGGAUGAUCACAUAUAUGCUUAUUUUGCUGUGGGAGCUCCUCUUCUUGGUUCAACUGAGACAGUCAAAGCGCUACUUUCUGGAAACACAUUUGGCCUUCCUGUUUCUGAGGGAACAGCUCGAUUGAUGUUCAAUUCAUUCGGUUCGUCACUAUGGAUGAUGCCAUUUUCAAAGUACUGUAGGGCAGAUGCCAUGUAUAUGAAGCAUUUUUCUGGAGGAACCAGGCAGGGUCAUCAGACGUAUCAAUGUGAGGAAAAGGAAUUUCAGUCAAACUACUCUGGUUUUUCAACUAAUAUAAUCAACAUUGAAAUUCCUUCAACCCGCGGGAUUGAUGCCUAUCCAUCAGUUUCAGAGUUUGCCCAGACCAACCUUUCUAGCAUGGAAUGUGGACUCCCAACACAGUUGUCAUUUUCAGCCCGCGAAAUAGCAGAUGGUACCUUUUUCAAAGCUAUAGAGGAUUAUGAUUCAGAUAGCAAGAGGACCUUGCACCAACUGAAGAAGUCAUAUCAUGAUGAUCCUGUCCUGAAUCCUCUUACACCUUGGGAUAGACCACCUAUUAAGAAUGUUUUCUGUAUCUAUGGAGUAGAUUCAAGGACCGAGGUUGGUUAUUAUUUUGCACCAAGUGGAAAACCUUACCCUGAUAACUGGAUAAUUACUGAUAUCAUAUAUGAAGUUGAAGGAUCAUUGCUCUCGCGGUCGGGGAAUCAGGUUGAAGGAAAUCCAGGAGCUACAAGCGGAGAUGAGACAGUUCCAUAUCAUUCCUUAACUUGGUGCAAGAACUGGCUUGGGCCCAGAGUGAACAUAACAAGAGCUCCGCAGUCAGAGCAUGAUGGAUCAGAUGUACAAGUAGAGUUGAAUGUUGAGCAUCAUAAUGAAGAUAUAGUCCCCAAUAUGACAAGGUCACCUAGAGUCAAAUACAUAACUUAUUAUGAAGACUCGGAAAGCAUUCCAGGAAAGAGGACAGCAGUUUGGGAGCUUGAUAAAGCAAAUCACAGGAACAUAGUUAGAUCACCGGCUCUAAUGCGAGAGUUAUGGCUCCAAAUUUGGCAUGAUAUCCAUGUUGAUGCACCAUCCAAUUUUGUUACAAAAGCUAAGCGAGGGCCCUUACGGGAUGACGACUGCUACUGGGAUUAUGGAAAAGCUCGGUGUGCAUGGCCUGAAUACUGUGAAUACAGAUAUGUCUUCGGGGAUGUCCAUUUGGGACAGAGCUGUAGGUUAAGGAAUUCUUCGGCCGAUACGCUUCGGCAUUAUAUAUAGAAUAGAAGACGUCACCAGGGAUUACAAGCAAAUCAAAGGAGCUCUGUCUCGAGUAAGGUUGUUUUUCCGGUUGGCAACCCGACAUUCUUUCGUAUGCCAUGCAGAGUUAUUCCUUGGCUCCCUCGUCUCAUUACAGGGUAACAUUGAUACCACGUAGUUACGUUUGCGAUCGAUAUGACAUAGUUAGCCCAAUUCUUUGCUGGUAGCAUCUUAUAUUAUAGCCAAGGCUGAAAUUGGAGCAAACCAUUAUUUAGUUAGUAUUGCUCUAGAUUUAGAUUCCAACGGAAGACUUAAGAAUUCUUAUAAAGCAGAGGAUGGUGUCAUCCUUGAACUGUGAUUCAUAUUUAUAAGAAUUGAACAUCGG